AUGUCGCUUCAAGUUAGAUUUAUUACAAUAUUAGACAAAUAUUCAAUUUCUGAUACAACAUUAGUUAUUUCAUCGUCAUCAAAAAAUUCUCGAUUAGAAUCUAUUCUUAAAGGAUUAUUACAACCGACAGUAUCCUCAAAUGAUUUAUCUCGUUUAUCAUUUGUUUUUUCAUGUUUUAAUCAAUUAAUUCGUUCAUCAUUAGAAGAACAUAUUCGAGAAAAAGAUGAAUCAUUACUUGAGGCAGUAUGGUUUCCAAAUGAUGAAUAA